AAAUUCAAAAUGUCGGCGUUCUUGUAUACAUGUCAUCGAAAGCUCCACUGUUUGAAUGUAGUUGACCGUGGGGUGGCAAAUGGGAAACAGCUGAAAAAGAUCGCAUCUGAUCUUUGUGGGGGUAUAUCAGAACAAUAUCUGUCUGUUAUUCAUAAUGGCCGUCUUGUCACUGACGAUGGUGAACUGGUUCUUCAAGUUGGAGACGUAUGCUAUGCAAGUCUGCUUUUACCAGGCGGAAAGGGAGGGUUUGGCUCCAUGUUACGCGCGAUCGGAGCACAGAUCGAGAAGACGACGAAUAGAGAAGCAUGCCGGGAUUUGAGUGGGAGACGAAUGAGAGACAUAAAUGACGAGAAAAAGAUCGCUGAAUGGGUUUCUAAACAAGCUGAAAGGGAGCGCGAGAAAGAACAGAAGAAACAGGAGAGGUUGGCAAGAAGACGAUCAAUGCCAAAACACAUGUUUGAUGAUAAGACAUACACACAGAACAUUCAACAAAAUUCAGAGAGAAUAGAGGAUGCUCUACAGCAAGGGCUUAAAGCAGCAGGUAGUUCAACAUCAUCAGGUGCGUCAAGCACUUCAGAGAAGCCAGCUGGAAAAAGAGUUCACCCAGAGGAUCCUAAAAUUUCAAGAGGAGGCAAAAAAAGUCGAAUGUGGUUGGGAAUGGAAGACCUGUCAGACAGUGACAAUGAUGAAGAAGAGAUGGCUCCCACCGGAAGAAACAGCAAUGGAGAUUCAAGCAGCCACACAAACACUUCAACUGGCACAUCAUGUAGCAGCACUCAAGUAGAGGUUUCAGCCCCUGAAGAGGCUUCUGACAACAAUCAAUGUGACACAGACAGUUAUAUAGCAAAGCCAGCUGCACAACCAUCAGAAACGAAUGCUGAAUCACAGAAAGAAGACACCAAGACAGAGCAUAUUGGAGCAGCUGUCACUGAUACAAAAGAUCAGAGAGAAGACUUUCAAGAAAAAGAUGGAUUGAAAGAAACAGUUAGCAAAGGAGAAGCUGACAAUCAAGCUUCUGAGGAACAGACCAUUAAAAAGAUUGAGUUUUGCCUUGAUAGCUGCACAUCGGCAGAGGAGCUUGAGUCCUUAGGAUUGGAACAUUUAAAGGAAGAGCUUAUUUCUAGGGGGCUCAAAUGUGGAGGGACAUUACAGCAGAGGGCUCAAAGGCUGUUUGCUUCAAAAGGGGUCCCUCUAGAUCAACUGGAUCCUUCUUUUUUUGCCAAGUCAACAGGUAGCAAAAAAUCUUAUGGAAAGAAGUAACUUUGAAAAGAGAACUGCACCUGGAAUUUUGUUCACAUAAUUAUACAAGUAUAUAAGUUUGUCAAAUUCUUUGCAUGGUAUUUUGAUUAUUUUGCAGUUGCAAGGCAACUGUAUUGAAGGUUGAACUGCCAUGAAGAAGUCACUUUACGUUUUACAGUAGAACUGAACCCAUAAAUUGAAAUUUGCACAAUAAUUAAGAAUCUACAAUUUUUUUUUCAUUACAACACCAUUUUAUUUUGGAAAUAUUUUGAGUUCAAGAUCACUUUCAUAAGCUCAUUCAACUAUUAAUUAUUAAUAAAUACGUUGAGUGUAAGA